AUGACGACGACAACUAGAAGCAAGCGCAAUGCCUCUCCGGAUCCCCACUGUCUGCGAACUACUCGAUCUCAACUGGCAGCUGAUGUUAAUCUCCCCGGUGGUUUAGCGUUUAUCGAAAUGGGCGCCUCUUUGCGACGCAAAGUUUGGGAUCCGAUGAACGCGUUUGUUGAGGGAAUCAUCAAUUCGCAGAAUAUCGUUCCCGGAGAACAAAUCGAGGAUACGGAAUCGGGCUACUCGAAUCCCUAUCCGUCCACACGUGAUCAGCCCCCAAUGCAGCGGGUCCGAACGACCGAGGAAGCGGGUUUUUCCAUUGUUCAUAUGGUAGGUAUUUCGAGUUGUCCGUGA